AUGAAACGAUUUAUUGGUACCAUUACCACUCUUGGAGGUCUCGGUGCCGCUCAGCCUAAUGAUCCCCCUGAAGUUGCAGUCCUCAAGGCGGUGGACAAUGACUUCCUACCACUUCCCACGAUCGUCGAAGCUGCCGAAUCGAGCCCUGCGGCCGCGAAAGUCGCCGCAAACCAGAUUCAUAAAUAUCUCUCGAAACCAGCGACCUCGCAUCCCCGACGGCAGUACAAUGCGAUUAUGUUAAUACGAAUACUGGCUGAUAACCCGGGUACAUCUUUCACUUGUAAUCUUGACGCGCGGUUCACAUCAUCUGUCAAGCUUUUGCUUCGAGAUGGACGAGACAUGAAUGUUGCGCAGAUUUUGCGCGAGACACUAGAGACGCUGUCGACAACAAAAGCGAACGACAGAAAUCUCUCGGGACUAAUACAAAUGUGGACCAAGGAGAAAGAGAAGUUUGAGAGAACUUAUGGGUAUCCACCGUUUGGAAGCCCGCCGGUCCAGUCUCCCCAUGGCCCCGGCCUGCAUGCUGGCCAGAGACAAGACUACUUCUCUCGUCAACACAAGCUCCGAGGCCUUCCUCCUCCGGGCGAGCUUGCUGCACGGGUUAAUGAGGCUAAUGAAUCUGCAAAACUACUUCAGCAGAUGCUAAUGUCUACACCUAUAUCUGAAUUUUACCACAACGAGAUGAUUAAAGAAUUCGCGACCCGUUGCCAGUCAGCGUCUAGAUCUGUGCAGGGUUAUAUCAAUUCUUCAAACCCAGCCCCUGAUGAAGACACAAUGCUCACCCUAAUCGAGACAAAUGAUAAGAUCUCUGUUGCACUGUCUAGAUAUAAUCGCGUAACCCUAGACGCAAGGAAAGCUGGCUUCAGGUCUCCAGACGAACAGGAUGAGCAAGCUCAGUACCUGAUCGACCGUAUCCCCGAUCACAACCAACGCAAUGGCCAUGGGAAUCAAGACUACAGAAAUGGACAGCCCCACCCACAGGCAACCGGUGCAUUGCCUACGGGAGAUGCAGCCCUUGAACGUGGUCAGUCAAAAAAACAACGAUAUAUACCCAGACUAUCCAUGCCGCGAAUGCCUAAGAAGCUCUCCAAACAAUCCUCCGAACAAGCCCCCGUUCGAAAUGAGGCAAAGCAACCCACGCUAUACACACCACCUGUCCAUUCAACAGACGUAGAAAGAGCACCUAUUUCUCCUCCAGUGUCACCGCCAGGAACCCAUCUAAAUAACCAGCCUCUGAUAGAGAGCCGAGAGGUGCAUGGAUCCCAUGACAGUGGAGCUUUAGAACUAGAUAAUGAGCACCUGGAAACAAGGAAUGACAAUCACAUUGCUCCCGCAGUUGCUGCACCGCCUAUUUCGUGGGAGUAUAACCCAAAUGAAUUCCAGGUGGAGAACCCGUUUGCCGAUAAAUUCGCAACGGACGCCAAUUCGGGCCUCGAAUCUAACAGGGUCAGUCGAAUCACUGAACCAGACGGGACGAGUGCUACGAUCCAUACCAAUCGUCCGGAUGAACCUACUCAAUCCACGAAAAGAGGAAGGUACUAUUCUGGGUCGGACUUCAGCUUAUUCGACAACACCAAACCGGGGCCUUCAGAGGCCUUAGCUAUAGCGCCCGAACCGAGUCCUGAAAAGAAGCAGUCUAAUCCUCCAUCGGCUCAUAUAUGA